AGGGGAAAAAAUCAAAUCGCUGGAGAAUUGUUUAUUUACAUUUAUACAACGUUUACAUUCAAUACAGGGCGCCAUUUUACAUUGUUUAUUUAUUUUUUUAGUAUCAAGGCUGUAACAUAAAGAAAGCCAGUUCUUACCACAAACCAUCUUUCAAUCGCAAAUAUUGCAAAAAGGAUUAAUAUAUCCUCAUUGUGAACGUUUAAGACAAAUAGCAACACUUAAAACAACUUCCGAACUGGACAAAACUAAGCUAAUCAUUUUUUGGCAGUGAGUCGAUUUAUGGCACAACACCGGCACAUAAGAACGUCUUAAAUCUAGCGCAUGCGCGUUGCAAACAGAAGAAGGAAGCAAUGUCGAUAGAAGACCCAUUUUUCGUUGUGAAGGGGGAGGUACAGAAGGCUCUCUCCCGAGCUCGGAGUCUGUUUGACAGAUGGGAGGAACUUCUGCAGGAAGGGACUCAGGUGAGUCGAGACGAGCUGGACUGGAGUGCCAAUGAGCUGAGGAACUGUCUGAGGGCCAUAGACUGGGACCUGGAGGACCUCAGUGAAACUAUCAGUAUUGUGGAGUCAAAUCCAGGAAAGUUCAAGCUCGGGGACAAUGAGCUUCAGGAGAGGCGAGCCUUCGUGGAGCAAACCAGGACGUCCGUUCAGGAGAUGAAAGAUCAGCUGUCCAGUCCCUCUGCCGUUGCUCAGGCUGAGAAGAAAAGUAAGCAGGGCCAAGAACGAUCAACAGGACUGGAGGCUCAUCUGGUGUCGGCCAACUCCAGAUACAUUCAGGAGCAACAGGAGCAGCAACAGUUGAUAAUACAGGAGCAGGAUGAACAGCUGGAUUUGGUGACGGGCAGCAUCAGAGUCCUAAAGGACAUGUCUGGACGUAUCGGGGACGAGCUGGAUGAGCAGGCUGUGAUGUUGGGGGACUUUGGAGACGAGAUGGAUCAGACGUCGUCCCGGAUGGACUCCGUCCUCAAAAAACUAGAGAAAGUGUCUCACAUGACGAGCAGCCGGAGACAGUGGUGUGUCAUCGGCGUGCUGGUCGCCAUCUUACUUGUGGUCCUCAUCCUUAUCAUUGCCCUCUGACAUCCCUGACCUCUGACCCUUUGACUAUGAUCACCAACUCCUCUCAUCAGGAUGAACAGAUGGAGGCAGAGGGACGGUGGAUCCAUCUCCCGUUUUCUCCUCCAGUCACUCCACUAAUCCCCCGAGGAGAAACUGAUGAUCUGCAGGGAAAAGUUGGGGUGUGAUUCUCAGAUUUUGGAGGAUGAAAAGAAAAACAUGGGUUAGCUGGAGGACAUCUGAUGCUACUUCAUAUUUAUGCACUGCAGUUGUUGUUAUGGUACGUGACGGGGAAAAGGUUGGGCUAAAACGUGUUUUUAAAUGGCUCCAACAACAUCAAGAAUGUGAUAAAUAUCACAAAAACCCGAUCUAAACAGCGAUUCUGAUGCACAGCAGAUUUGAGAGAAAAUGUUUACCUCUUGUGUUUUAAUCCAGUGGGAUUCACACUGGAGGAGGUAGGGUGGCCUUAAAUAUAUUUUUCUACUCUUUUGAAAUGUGCAGUAUGUUCAUGUGCCUACAUGUGAGCUAGAAUGUAAGAAACCGUAAAUCAUUAGUAAAGCCAGACAUGGGCAGGUUUUCCUUUUAGCAUCAGAUUUCCUUGACCAACACGUCUCGGUUUAAGAGAGAGUGUUAAGUCAUUUCUGAAAAACACUUGCUGUAGUGUGUGUGUGUGUGUGUGUGUGGUCAAAACAUUAAUUAUGCUGGCUCAGACACGAAGGCACCGUCCCUGAGUCUUUUGUCAGAAAUUCAGAUUACUGCAGCGUGGAGGACUGUUUGGUUUCUCGCCCUGGUUGAGACGCGUCUCACUGAGGUGAGGUCUGCAGAGCCUUGGCGUGCCUUCAGAUGUUCAAGCACACGAUUGGCUGGAGCUGCGCUCCCCUCUCUUGGUGAUGAGAGGCGACCUUGGCUCAGAGCGAAUGGGUUUGCCUCUUUUGUUAAAAAGCUUUAGCUAAUGAGAAGAAAUGGUUGCUGGGCAAGAUGCUUCCACGGAAGGCUCAGAUUUAGACUUGCAGCGCCCUCUGCUGGACAUUCUGAGUCACAUUUGUAUCUCGCCCCAAAACAACUAGGUGUAAUGUACUUUUUGAGUGUGUUUAACAGAUCUUCGUCCUUUACAAAGGCUUUUAUUGAGAAUCAGUGAAAAGAUUCCUGUGUAAUCCCAACAUAUAAAUCCGUUGUUUGGCCCUCGUAUUGCAGCAUUUAAAGGCAGGUUGGCUUUUCCUUUUUACAGACAGGGAAAGCAAUGAAAGCUUCGUCUCUAUCAGAGCUUGUUAGACUUUUAUUUCUCCCUGUUUGUGGGCUUUUACGUAUCCUAAUGUGUGCUUAAUGUACUUUUGCAUAUUCAAGACCUCACUCUCGAACUUAACAGAUUCCUAAGAGUGGGUUUUCCGCUAUUUGUUUUCUCUUCAGACCCCAUGCAAGUACACUCGAGGUCUGUGACGAUAACAGUGUUUGUAAAUUUUUAACUUAACUGCUUUUUGCUUAAUGUGAGACUCACAUUUGUGUGUGUACUACACUCUGACUGUAAAACAUCCAAACGGUAUUAAAUGUUUUAAUUUUUUUGACUUUUUUUCUUAACCUGGUUUGCAUCAACAACACCACGAAAAAAUAAAAUUGUGACUAAAACAAA